AUGGGCUCAGAGGAGACAACUGCUGCCUUGCUCAAUGCCACGUUUGUUCGCCCGGCGAGCUUCUACAUCAGUGGCUUCUCCAACAUGCCUCACGUGAAGUAUUACUUCGUGUUCCUGUGCUUCGUGUACGUGUUCACCGUGCUGGGGAACGGCCUCCUGCUCUCCGUGAUCUGCCUGGUGAAGAGCCUCCACACGCCCAGGUACAUGAUCGUGUUCAACCUGGCCGCGACGGACCUGUGCGGCAGCACCGCGCUCAUCCCCAAGCUGCUGCACAUGUUCCUGUGGGACCGGAGGCUCGUCUCCUACGAGGCCUGUCUGAGCGACAUGUUCUUUAUCAUUUUCUUCCUGGGCGUGCAGUCGUGGACGCUGCUCGCGAUGGCCUACGACAGGUUAGUGGCCAUCUGCUUCCCCCUGAGGUACCACCGAGUGGUGACCCUGCCCUCCAUCGGGGCCGUGCUGCUGUCGGUGUGGGCGUUUUUCCUGAGCAUGGUGGCCCUCACCACGGGCGCCAUCGAUCGCCUCUCCUUCUGCGGGUCCGUGGUGGUGAAGAGCUUCUUCUGUGACCAUGCUCCGGUGUACAAGCUGGCCUGCAACGACAAGUCUAUAAACGCCGUCAUGGCCUACGUGGGCUUCGCUCUGGUGCUCCUCGUGCCUCCGAUACUGAUCGUGAUCACGUACGUGUGGAUCUCCGUGGCCCUGAGCAGGAUCGCCUCGGCGGAGGAGCGACUCAAAGCUCUGAAGACUUGCACCUCGCACCUCAUCACAUUAUCACAGCAGCUCAUAAGUGCAAAAUGUUGUUAUCAAACAAAUAAAGUGUUUCAGGAAACAAGAGGAUAA